AUGGCCUCCCAUCGUCAAGAUGCAGCUGCCUCGGCUUCCCUUGGCACAUUAGCACACAUCCUCCAGCAGCCCAGCACGCGCUGGCUCGUGCUUGCUGGUCUCGGAACAGGCUCGCUCCUCAUUGCGACGCGGUUCUUCCCACGACUCCUAUCAAAGAGCAAGGACGAAACCUCGUCAGAUCGAGAUCAAAGGCAGCGCGAGUCUUCACCUCCCUCCACCUCCAGCGGCAAGGCAAAGCAGAGCCGAUUCAAGGACGAUGUCGAGCCAAUUGCCAUCUUUUGGGAUGUGGACAAUUGCGCCCCGCCAACCGGCUCGUCCGGCCGUUCCGUCGCACUUGCCGUCCGUAGCGCAAUCCAGAACCUCGAGGUAGGCCCCAUCGUCAGCUUCAAGGCUUACCUCGAGCUAUCAUCCGAGACGCAGGCGCCCAACGCUGCGCAAGUGCAGCUCAGGAGCGAGCUUCAAGGCUGUGGCGUCAGCCUUAUCGACACUCCCAAGAGCGGCAGGAAGGACGUCGCCGACAAAAUGAUGAUCACCGAUCUGCUCGCCUAUGCCAUCGACCAGCCCGCUCCUGCCACCGUCGUUCUGAUCUCUGGCGACCGUGAUUUCGCCUACCCACUUGGCAUCCUCCGCAAUAGAGGAUACAAUGUCGUCCUCGUGACACCACCCAUCGGUGCAGUGCCUAUUCUCGAGGCGUCCGCCAACGUGGUCAUGUCUUGGCGUCAGGAUGUGCUCGGGGUACAGGCAAACAAGGACGGUAAACCGUACAGCAGCUAUGCCAGCAACGGCCCACACACACCCUCGAAACAGCUCCAGCCCAGCAGUUCGGGCAAUCACCCGUCUUCCGCAGCCAACGGUCAACUGUCAGCCGGCAAACCACCUGGCGCUCUUAAGCACCAGGAUCGUCGCCCGUCGAAUCGUACGCUGCAGCUCUUUGACCCUCUCAUCAAGUUGCUCGAGCAAAUCAGGAAAGAAGGCAAUCCGAAGCCUUUGCGGUCCAUGGUAGCGGCGCGCUUGGUCUCGCUGGAUCGCGGCAUCUUUGUUCGUGCAGGCGCGGCCAAAUGGGCCGAGUACGCUGCUGUUGCUGAGGCAGCAGGCAUCGUGACCCUCGGAUCUUCUGGACAGCCAGGUCAGACCGGACUCGAGUGGGUCGCCCUCAAGGACAGCGCCAAGGCUGCUGCGUCGUCAAUUCCUAUGAUACCGAGCAACUCGUCAUCCUCCCAUGGCGCUACACCGAACCGCCAAAAGCCAACCUCCUAUAGCGCCAACGCUAGCUUUACCCCCGGCGACCAGGCAAAGCUCAAACCAUUCCAGCCUCUCAUCGACAUUUGCAAUCAGCAGAGAUCCAUCGGCAAUCCAAAACCGCUUUGCUCCUCUGUCGGCGCACAUCUCGCUUUGUCCGCUCGGCAGGGCGGAGUGGAUGCUUAUGCACUCGCCGGCGCGCAGGGCUGGAGAGAAUACAUAGCCGCCGCUGAAAAGGCCGGCGUCGCACGAUCUGCUCCGACCGAUCAAGAAGGUGUUCUUGUGGUCGAACUGCAUCCCAAGUUCUUCAGUUCGAGCACGAACCAUAUCACUCCGUACUCCGGACGUAUCGCAGAUACCGCCACCACUCCCUCACCAUCGGUCGACAAGAGGAUGUCGGCCGUCAAGCGCAUUCUUCUGGAUUUUGGCAAAAGCACAUCCAAGAAUGAGUCGCCGUUGACAGCAAACAGCUCUCAGAAACGACGCACCAUCGUCAACGGACACGAAAUUCCGCUCGUUUUCUCGCCUCUCGCCACAUUGCUCCUCGAGCAAAUGGCAGAGGGUCGCAACUAUUCGACCGAUUACUUUUGCCAUUCCAUCAUCGGCACUCAGCGCUCUUCGGUCGUCGUACCCGGUUUGAAGGCGCAGAAGGCCGAAGACUUCCAAGAGCAUCUGGACGCUGCUGUAGCAGCAAAAAUUGUGACCACGGAACCAGGAUUCAAACCUGGUGUUCGACACAUUCGUCUUCAUCCUAGACUCGUCCGACCUGGGUCCAAGACCAACGUCACUGACGGCGAACAGGAGGAUUCGGAUGAAGUAGAGACUCACAAUCAGCCUCGGUUUAAGCCCAACUUGUUCUCAUUUGGCAGGGACAAGAAGCUAGACACCAGCGCCUCAGAAGAGCAACGGCAGCCGAAAGACUUGGAAGCGCUACGCAAAGAAACCAGCCAAGUGCUUGCGUCUUUGCAACGCUCUUCGUCGUCCGAAGGUGCCACGGCUUCCGGACCCGUGCCCGCCGAGGACGCGAUCCGCUUCCGCCCACUCAUUGACAGCAUCGUCUCUUUGACUGGCGAGGGCGCACCGAGUGCGACAAAAACCAAGCUUUCGAGCGAGGUCGCCAAAAGGAACCCCGGACCUGCCGGUAUCGGCGCCUUUUACCAGUCACUCGGCUCCACCGGUUUCACCGACUAUCUUCAGCAAGCGAAGGAAAAGGGGCUGGUCAAAAUCACCGAUUCAGAGGGUAACGUUUUGGACCGCUCCAGUAGCUUGCUCGGGCUGACGGAUUACACCGUCUCGGUGUAG